AUGUCUUCCAAUGUACGUGAAGGCCGCGUCGUCAAGACAAAGGAAACCAAGAAGUUCAGAAGCAGUAAGCAGGGCGAUAAGACCAAGACCAAGUCCAGAGUCAUUCGCUGCCGUUUCCUCGAGCUGCCUGCUGAGAUACGUAAUCGCAUAUACCACUUCGCAGAAGAGAAGGUGUACAAUGAAUGGCUGGCACCGCCGCUUCUAGUAUGUGAGAAGCUAGCCGGACGUGUCGCCAACCCUGGCAGCUCAAGCCGACUGGGUACUCUGCGCUAUCGUGCGCUCACCCAAGUCUGCAAGCAAAUCCGAACCGAAUAUCGACCCAUAUGGCUUCGUCAAUCCUGCUUCCACAUGGAACUGUCGGCUGUAGACCGCUUCGUUCACACAUACUACCCCAAGGCCACAAGUUACCAGAACGCUCCGAGGCUUCUGCUGAUCUCGUGGGACCACGGCCAGAUCGAAGGAGAAUUUGGAGAAGACUAUGAUGGUGAAGGUCAUUCUGACUGCUACGAGGAUUCCAUGCAGGACGUGAGGUCAGACAUUACACUCUUGAUCCGCCUACGCGCACAUUGCCCAAGCUUUACUGCCAAGUUCGUCUCCCGUCGGAUACUUGAGCACGACGUGCGCAAUCUGCAUUGCGAAGAGUGCGGGCACAAUCUUAAUUGUCCAUGCGAUACCUCCUGCGAUCACGAAGACACUUGGGAUGAAGCAACCUGGCAAAUGGAGGAUAGUUACCAGUACUUACGGAGUUUGAACGCAUUCCUCGCCAACAGCAACGAGAAUUGGCUUAAGCUGCUCCGCGGUAAAGAUUGGAUGAACACUCUCGUGGAAUUUUCUUUCAACAUCACUACCCAGAGGCCCACGUUCUACAUUCGUUUCGAUAAAGGCCGAGCUCCAAAGGGGUUCCAGUUAAAGAACAUGUACAGCUAUGCUCUCAAAUUCCUCACUCGCUCAGGCAUGUUGGAACUCGAGGACUAUCAAUUGAUGGAAUAUGUCAUCGGUGAAGAGACUGGGGGUUUCACCCGCAACUCUAGAGAGUUUGGGGUCCUCGAGCCUACCUACAAUCAGAUCCAUCUUAACGAUUCCACUAUUAUUCUAUGGAAGAAAGAGGAAGAGGCAAAAACAUCCGCAUCUUGA